AUGAAUCAAGGAUUCAGUGGGCUGGAAUGGGAUGUGAAAUAUCCAAGUAGACGACAAAAGACAAAAUGUCGAAAUGAUGCGGAAGUUGGAGCCAAGCAGCGCUCCAGCCCACAGAAGAGUGUCAAUGUAGAGGAGGACCCAAAGAAGCAAACUGUGGUCCCUGCCACUCCAGCCACCUCUGCCACCACAGUCUCAGCCCCAACUGAGGCUCCGAAGGAGAAAGCUAAGAAGGCUUCCUGGUGGCGUAGGUGGCUUUGUCGUAAGAAGAAAACCAAACAGCUGACUCCUGUAAAAGAAGAUGUGGCAGAAGACGCGAACCUGCCAUCUUCUGCCACAGAAAAGACUGAGAACACCAUCAAGGAGUCUGAGGGUGGUGAAGCUGGUGUCCAGGAGGCUUCACCCACCCCUGACACUCCAGUCUCUGCUGCAACUGAGCUGCCUGAGCCUGAGAAUAAAGAUGUGGCAGAAGACACAAACCUGCCAUCUUCUGUCACAGAAAAGAGUGAGAACACCAUCAAGGAGUCUGAGGGUGGUGAAGCUGGUGUCCAGGAGGCUUCACCCACCCCUGACACUCCAGUCUCUGCUGCAACUGAGCUGCCUGAGCCUGAGAAUAAAGAUGUGGCAGAAGACACAAACCUGCCAUCUUCUGUCACAGAAAAGAGUGAGAACACCAUCAAGGAGUCUGAGGGUGGUGAAGCUGGUGUCCAGGAGGCUUCACCCACCCCUGACACUCCAGUCUCUGCUGCAACUGAGCUGCCUGAGCCUGAGAAUAAAGAUGUGGCAGAAGACACAAACCUGCCAUCUUCUGUCACAGAAAAGAGUGAGAACACCAUCAAGGAGUCUGAGGGUGGUGAAGCUGGUGUCGAGGAGGCUUCACCCACCCCUGACACUCCAGUCUCUGCUGCAACUGAGCUGCCUGAGCCUGAGAAUAAAGAUGUGGCAGAAGACACAAACCUGCCAUCUUCUGUCACAGAAAAGAGUGAGAACACCAUCAAGGAGUCUGAGGGUGGUGAAGCUGGUGUCCAGGAGGCUUCACCCACCCCUGACACUCCAGUCUCUGCUGCAACUGAGCUGCCUGAGCCUGAGAAUAAAGAUGUGGCAGAAGACACAAACCUGCCAUCUUCUGUCACAGAAAAGAGUGAGAACACCAUCAAGGAGUCUGAGGGUGGUGAAGCUGGUGUCCAGGAGGCUUCACCCACCCCUGACACUCCAGUCUCUGCUGCAACUGAGCUGCCUGAGCCUGAGAAUAAAGAUGUGGCAGAAGACACAAACCUGCCAUCUUCUGUCACAGAAAAGAGGAGAAUAACAUCUGUGUUCCCCUUCAUCACCAGUGAGAACACCAUCAAGGAGUCUGAGGGUGGUGAAGCUGGUGUCGAGGAGGCUUCACCCACCCCUGACACUCCAGUCUCUGCUGCAACUGAGCUGCCUGAGCCUGAGAAUAAAGAUGUGGCAGAAGACACAAACCUGCCAUCUUCUGUCACAGAAAAGAGUGAGAACCCCAUCAAGGAGUCUGAGGGUGGUGAAGCUGGUGUCCAGGAGGCUUCACCCACCCCUGACACUCCAGACUCAGCUGCAACUGAGACUAAAAAGAAAAAGAAACCUUGGUGGCGUCGGUGUCUUUUGUCCCGCCGUAAGAAGUCUCCAGUCGAGACACAUAAAGGAGCAGAGAGAAGCUCUCCAUCUGAGACGGCAGAGGUCCACUCAGAUGGCAAACCAACUGAAGUCGACCCAAACAGCGAAUCCACCAACUCUGACUCAAAUGUGAUCAGUGACUACCUCCCCAUUGAUGUACCUAAAUCAUCCAGGCAGUCCACCCCAACCGGUCAUGGUGGGAGUCUACAGGCCGAAUCCGUCAACAUCAGUCUGUGGGAGAAAGCAUUUGGACACCUCACCUCAGCCAGCCGAGAAAGCCUCUCCAGAGAGGAGCUAGUCUGCCUCGGGUUCCCCAACCUGGCGCAGACUUGUUACAUGAACUCCACUCUGCAAGGCCUCCUGACACUGACUCAUUUCAUUCAGGAGGUCCACAACCAGCAGCAGGUGUGGCGUUCUCACCCGAAUCUCAGCUCAUCAGGUUUUGUGGAGGUCGAAGUCUGCCGCUUCAGCAACAGCAAAGCGGAGAAAAAAAGUGUCCUGGCUGCCUUUUAA